GUCAAAACAAACACAGCACAGACCCGACAAACAAACUGGUGUAGCCUAUUACUACCACCGUUGUUUGUGUUACAGAAAGCGCAUUCAAAGGAACAUCGCUUUCUUUUCCAGCCAUAUUUCUUCGACUGCUUCGGAGACACCGAAAAGGUGCAGUUUCAAGGUCUGUAGAACACAACUAAGAUGACCUCUGCAGAAGUCAACUCUCCACUCCAGCUGAUGAGGAGCAUCAAAGAAGAGACAGAGGAGUUCAGCUUAGCUGACUCUCCAUCCCAGCUGAACAUAAAAGAAGAAGAGGGAGAAGAGUUCCCUGGUUCUCCAGAACAGCUGGAGAUAAAAGAAGAGACAGAGCAGUUCCCUGGUUCUCCACCUCAGCUGAGGAGCGUAAAAGAGGACAGCGAGGAGACCCUGCGUUCUCUGUACAGUCUGAGGAGCGUAUCUGUAGUGCUGGUGGACUGCUGUAGACCACAAGGACGGCAGGAGAACAAUGAAGAGAACCACAGAGAUGCCGAGGCAACCAAGAGAUCUGGCCAUCAACUCCACUGCAGUUCUAGCGUAGAGGAGUUUUCUGUAGAAACACAUUCUGCUGCCCUCCACAGACGUCGUCCACAUCUCACUGGAGAGCGGCCAUUCCCUUGCAGUCAGUGUGACGAGCGCUUUAAGACAAAAUAUGAGCACCAAAUGCACCAGCGUGUACACACGGGGGAGAAACCAUUUUCAUGCACCGACUGUGGAAAGAGUCUCUCAACGUCGUCUGCCCUCCACACACAUCGUCGCAUUCACACUGGAGAGAGGCCGUUCGCUUGCAGUCAGUGUGACAAGAGCUUUAAGACAAAACAAAGCCUCCAAAUCCACCACCGUGUUCACACUGGAGAGAAGCCAUUUUCAUGCACGGACUGUGGAAAGAGUUUCUAUACCUCUUCUAACCUCUGCAGUCAUCGCCGCAUUCACACUGGAGAGAGGCCGUACGUCUGCAGUCAGUGUGACAAGAGCUUUAAGACAAAAUCAGAGCUCCAACUCCACCAACGUGUUCAUACAGGGGAGAAACCAUUUUCAUGCACUGACUGUGGAAAGAGUUUCACACAGUAUUCUAGUCUCCAAACACAUCGCCGUAUUCACACUGGACAUAGGCCGUACGCUUGCAGUCAGUGUGGCAAGAGCUUUAAGACAAAAUCAGAGCUCCAACUCCACCAACGUGUUCAUACAGGGGAGAAACCAUUUUCAUGCACAGGCUGUGGAAAGAGUUUCUCGCGGUCUUCUAACCUCCACACACAUCAUCGCAUUCACACUGGAGAGAGGCCGUAUGCUUGCAGUCAGUGUGACAAGAGUUUCUCAUGGUCUUAUUACCUUAAGAAACACUUGUUGUCACACUUGAGAGAGUAAAUCUUUGCACCAAUCAAGACUGCUCUCUGUAAGCCCCAACAUCAAACCCUGGGUAACCAGAGAUGUCAAGCAACUCCUCAAUAAGAAAAAGAAGCUUUUAAGGAGGGCAACUUGACAGAGCUGAGGAGUGUACAGUGAGAACUCAAAAGCAGACUGAAGGAGGCCAAGGUGGCAUACAGGAAGAAAGUUGAAACAACUAGAAGCACUCAGAGAGUGCAGACCUCCGCCAAGGAAGCUGCUUGAUAGAACAUUUGACUGUCUUACACCCUGUCUUUUUGCUUUCUUUUUGUGGAGAUAGAAACUGGAAUGUUUUGCCCGCAAUUCAAAUUGCGGUCACUAGGGGCAUCUAAAUGUAUAGGCCAGCAAUGUUGAAGAAUCUUUAAAAAGGUCCUGGUUCCGGUUCGUGAUCCGGAUUACCACCAGAGUUUAAUCACUUAUUCCUUGGGUCAUUAUCAACAACUCCACAGAGUUUCAGCCAAAUCCGUUCAUAACUUUUUGAGUUAUCCUGCUGACAGACAAACAGACAGACAGACAAACAAACAAACAAACAGACAGCUUGAACGUCAAAUCGAUUUGUUUUUUGAGGAAUUGCGUUACAUGAUUUUUUUUUUUUUAAAUCCUCUGUCCCUAUGCAGUUUAUGUAUAAAAGUUUUGUGAUAAAAUAUGUUUUGUGAAAAAAAAUCUAGAAUUUAUUUUAAGGGUGAAUUGCCCAGCCCUACGUUAUACAUUAAUGUUGUAUGUGGACCAACUGUAAUACACAUUUGAAAUGAUCUGGUGGGCCGCAUGAAAUGACUCCGUGGGCCAAAUUUGGGGUGGGCUGAUGGUGAAGGUUACACAUGUCAAUUAUUCCAAGAGUGUGUAUGUACUGUAUGUGUGUGUGGCACACAUUCAAAUGUAUCAGCAAUACAGAGCUAUGCACAGCCAACUACAACAGCAAUGGAAUAGAGCUAUGCACAGCCAACUACAACUGUAAUGGAACAGAGCUA